AUGAGCAAUUUAUAUCAAAAGGAUUUGUUUGACAUCAAUGAUAAUAUUAUUCUCGUGUCUCAAUUACGUUCUGAUGCAAAAUCAGGAGAUAUAUUUGAAGCGCAGGUAGAAAACCAACCUAGAGUCGCUAAUUUUAAUUUUGGAAGAUUAGGGUUGGAAAUGGAAAAUGUGAACAUUACAAG